AAAUUAAAAGUUAACAGAACCCUAUUUUUGUAUCUAAAUUUGACAAAUAGAACAGAUGUUGAAAUCAGAAUCCAAUUACCAACAGUUGAUAGCUUCUUCGGAGGAGAAUCAAUCAGUCAAUCAAUCGAUCAAAUAAUCGAACAUUAAUCUAAUGAAGAAAAGCUGGAGCGGGAACAGUAUGGUGGAUAAGGGUCGGACCUUACCGGUGGAUCCCAAUCUCCCGCGAUUUCUGUGCCAGAACUGUCGUCAGAGUCUCUGUAUCGUCGGCAUCGAUUCUUAUGCCGACAAAUUCUUGGCCUCCGGGCUGCAGGGUUCUUCAAUCCAUGGGACUGGUAGUAUUUUAGGUUCAACACGUUCAGAUCAUUCAUUUGUCAUGUUGCCAAAGGAAAGGAAUACGGUAGCAGGGGUCUCUCCUCGUCUUCGAGCUGGAGUAAUGCAGCCUGAUUCUACUCAGUCUGGGAAAGCAAUAGAAGAGUCAUUUGUGGUGUUACCUCCACCAGCUGCUUCAGUAUACAAUUGUGAGUCUGGAGCUGAUGGAGGGGGUUUCAAUUUGCCAUCACCUGAGGGUGGCUCAACUAAUUCUCCUUCACAACCACAUAAUUCGGGCUUUCAUUCGACAAUAACUGUCCUGAAGCGUGCAUUUGAGAUUGCCACGACACAAACACAGGUUGAGCAGCCUUUGUGUCUUGAGUGCAUGCGGGUGUUAUCUGAUAAACUUGAUAAGGAGGUUGAAGAUGUGAACAGGGACAUAGAAGCAUAUGAAGCCUGUCUUCAACGAUUGGAAGGGGAAACCAGGAAUGUUCUUAGCGAGGCUGACUUUCUUAAGGAGAAAUUAAAGAUAGAACAAGAAGAACAGAAACUUGAAGCAGCUAUUGCAGAAACAGAGAAGCAAUGUGCAGGAGUCACUGCUGAACUGAAGGAACUGGAGUUAAAAUCUAGCCGCUUUAAAGAAUUGGAAGAGCGGUAUUGGCAGGAGUUCAAUAACUUUCAGUUUCAAUUGAUCUCACAUCAGGAGGAGACGGAUGCAGUUUGGGCCAAGAUAGAAGUUUCACAAGCUCAUUUAGAGCUGUUGAAACAUACGAAUGUGCUCAAUGAUGCCUUCCCUAUCUGGUAUGAUGGAGACUUUGGAACAAUAAACAACUUCCGCCUGGGGAGACUUCCUAAGAUUCCGGUUGAAUGGGAUGAGAUAAAUGCUGCAUGGGGCCAAGCUUGCCUUCUCCUCCAUACAAUGUCUCAAUAUUUCAGGCCAAAGUUUCAAUAUCAAAUAAAAAUUAUUCCUAUGGGAAGUUAUCCUCGCAUAAUGGAUAGCAGUGGCAGUACUUAUGAACUCUUUGGUCCUGUCAAUCUGUUUUGGAGUACUCGCUAUGACAAAGCAAUGACAUUGUUCUUGACCUGCCUGAAGGAGUUCGCCGAGUUUGCAAAGGCGAAGGAUGUAGAAAAUAAGAUUUCUCCUGAGAAAUGUUUUAAGCUUCCAUACAAGAUUGAAAAUGACAAGGUCGACAAUUACUCUAUUACACAAAGCUUCAAUAAACAGGAGAAUUGGACCAAAGCUCUCAAGUAUACGCUCUGCGAUUUGAAAUGGGCUCUCUACUGGUUUGUAGGGAAGACCAAUUUCCAGCCUCUUAAUUCAUCGGUCUCGUCUCACACUGAAGCAUCAGGUGCAGGAUUGCAGUGUAGCAAGCGACCCACGGAUUCCAAGUUGCAUUCUUCCAAUGCUUGAUAUGCAGUAUAAAAUAUACAUGCUUGUAGCAUACCGAAGUGUAAAUAAGUAUACAAUUAGAGAUUUAGAGUCGAGUCCAGUUCAUUUCAUAGCUCUCUUUCUUUCAACGCUUCGAAAAUACUCUCCUCUGAAACCUUAAGAUAAAAUGGAACUGUCAGUGUUUGGCACUCAUUUUGUUGGAAAAAUGAAUUUUAGAAUA